UGCUGGGUCCGGGGCGAGUGCGGAUACAGUGAAUGCGGGGUCCCGGGGAGAGCGGAUAUAGUGAAUGCGGGGUCCGGGGAGAGCGGAUAUAGUGAAUGCGGGGUCCGGGGAGGAGCGGAUAUAGUGAAUGCAGGAUCCGGAGAGAGCAGAUAUUAGUGAAUGCGGGGUCCGGGGAGAGCGGAUAUAGUGAAUGCGGGGUCCGGGGAGAGCGGAUAUAGUGAAUGCGGGGUCCGGGGAGACAAGAUAUAGUGAAUGCGGGGUCCGGGGGAGAGCGGAUAUAGUGAAUGGGGGUCCGGGGAGAGCGGAUAUAGUGAAUGCGGGUCCGGGGAGAGCGGAUAUAGUGAAUGCAGGGGAGAGCGGAUAUAGUGAAUGCGGGGUCCGGGGA